AAUGCCUGAGACUUUUCUCAAGAAAGCCUUUGCUGUGUUUGUCCUUGGCUGAUGACAGAAGGGAUUGCUCAUGGAAAAAGGCAAUUGGUCCUCCCCUGUGGCGGGGUUCAUUCUUCUGGGCCUCUCAGCACACCCUAAACUGGAGAAAAUGUUCUUUGUGCUCAUCCUCCUGAUGUACCUGGUGAUCUUACUGGGCAAUGGGGUCCUCAUCCUGGUGACCGUCCUUGACUCCCGCCUGCACACACCCAUGUACUUCUUCCUGGGGAACCUCUCCUUCCUGGACAUCUGCUACACAACCUCCUCAGUCCCUCUAUUCCUAGAUGGCUUCCUCAAUCCCAGGAAAACCAUCUCCUUCUCAGCCUGUGCCGUGCAGAUGUUUCUCUCCUUUGCUAUGGCAGGGACAGAGUGUGUGCUUCUGGGCAUGAUGGCAUUUGAUCGUUAUGUGGCCAUCUGUAACCCCCUGAGGUACCCCGUGGUCAUGAGCAAGGCUGCCUAUGUGCCCAUGGCUGUCAGCUCCUGGGCUAUUGGUGGUACGGCUUCUGUGGUACACACGUCUUUGACAAUUCAGCUGCCUUUCUGUGGGGACAAUGUCAUCAACCACUUCACCUGUGAAAUCCUGGCUGUCCUGAAGUUGGCCUGUGCUGACAUCUCCAUCAAUGUGAUCAGCAUGGGGGUGACCAACGUGAUCUUCCUGGGGGCUCCAGUUCUCUUCAUCUCCAUCUCUUAUGUGUUCAUCAUUGUUACCAUCCUGAGGAUCCCCUCAGCUGAGGGGAGGAGAAAGGCCUUCUCCACCUGCUCUGCCCACUUCACUGUGGUGGUCAUCUUCUAUGGGACCUUAUUUUUCAUGUACGGGAAGCCCAAGUCUAAGGAUCCCCUGGGGGCAGACAAACAAGACCUUUCAGACAAGCUCAUCCCCCUCUUUUAUGGGUUGGUGAUCCCCAUGCUCAACCCCAUCAUCUACAGCCUCAGGAACAAGGAUGUAAAGGCUGCUGUGAGGAACCUGGUGGCUCAGAAAUGUUUCGCCCAGUGAUGGAGGGCUCCUCUAUGUUCCCACCCUAUGGGAUAAAGGACUUCUCAUCAUUAUAGAUGCCAUCCGAUAGACAAGUCACGUGAUCCGGAAUCCUCUCUUGCUCUUCUGUCCAUUUUCAGAGAACGUUUAACUUUUCAGUGUAUACACUGAACAUCUUGUGAGUACAUCUUGUGAGUUCUAGCCAUACAGCUGAGAGUUUUGACAGAUGCCUCACAGCAGAUCUCUAACUGAAUUCACAAAGACAUUCUGAACACAUGAUAAAACGAAGGAGAGAGGAAUCAUCAAAGCGAGUUUGGUGAAUGGCCUGCACACACCCAGUGCACGGAGGAGAGAGGGCGCUCCCAGCACUGUUGCCAUUCCUCUUGGAUUCCCCGGGAGAGUCACAGGAACAAGGAGGAAAUGGGAAUUUUCAUAUUGGACUGUUUCUGGAAGACAGUCAGUUUGGCUGAAGUAUAAGAAGAGACACAGACAACUUCUCCACAUAGAGAGCUUUUGGGUGGAAACAAGCUAUUCUGAACACCCCAUUUCUUUUUAGCUAUGAGAAAAUUGAGGCUAUUUUUUCUCAAUGCACUUCACAUUAUGAAAUACUGCUUGUAAGUUAACGGCAAGAAGGAGUAUAGAUUUGAGUUUGAUGCCCAUCACUUACAGCAAUUCCCAUUUUAAAAAGCUAGUAUUUGUUUGGAUAAUAACUCACAUUCUAGAAAAAAGAAAGAUGACAGAGAUAGAGAUAGACAGACAGAUAGACAGAGGCUAAGUAUAUUUGAAGUCUUUGGGGGCCUAAAAUUUAACACCUUUCUUUGGUCCAGGACUUCUCAAAGCUUUAAUAUGCCACAGUACACUGUGAAUGUUCAAGAGAUGUAAACUCGGUAGCAUUUCCUGAGCCUCCAUAGCUCAGCAGGAUAAAAACUGGGAAGUUUUUCCUUACCUAUGAACUUCAGUGGGUUGCCUAACCUUUUCCAGUCUACUUAUUCAUAUUUUAACAUCUAACCACUUAAUUUCACAUGAAUUACUUAUUAUAAACAAGUGCUUUCUAAAUGGUAAGCACAAUAGAAUUAUUAGAUGCCAGUUUUGGUCAUAUCAUGAAUGUUGCCCAGUGCUGUGUGCCAUGUGGAACAGAGUAAGACACCGUCCCUAUAUAGAGCAAUAGACACACAAGGUAAAUGAGAGAUUCAGAGGUGUCAGCAGUUAAAUAGAAGCAUUUUUAUGUCAAGUUCUAUGAAAUUCUUUGAAUAUGGCUGACUUCAUAAAAAGAUAAUUUGGAAAGUGAAUUCUUUUUUGAGAACAGAUUUUGGAAGUUUUUGAUCAAGUGAUGUUUACAUUUUCUUAUAUUUCUUAGAAUGAAUUGCCUAAGGAUGAGUGUUUGUUUAAUAAAAUUUCUGAUUCUAAUGUUA